AUGGAAAAGAUGAAAACUCUUCUACAAUGUAAACUAGACACACUUGACGAUGCGAAUGUACCUGUUGGACGAAUAACUAGAAGUAGGGCCAAAGGACGUCGCACAAAAAAUACGCCAUCAACACCUUCUGCAGAUGUCACGGCACACCCAGCACAAACACAUAAAAUACAAGACGACAACAACCAGCGAAACAACGAUAAAAAACCAGAGGAAAAAAAGAAAUCGUGCAGCAAAAAGGUCGAAGAACAUGAACAGCAGCUCCCGAGGAAUGCCUCCGAAGAACCGGAACCAGGGACGCCGGCGUCCGUGUCGCCCAUCACGGGAAAUGACUUGGGUCCUAAAACCCUCAACCUAUCGCAAAAAACUUCCGACUUUGAUGAAAAUGCAAACAACACAGAGACGAAUGAGGAUCUUAAUCGACUGCAGCGUAUAUCCUCGUCAGAUCAUGACAACCACAUAUUGCCUAUGUCGGAGCACGAAACCACUGUGUUCUCGAGAGUGUCGCCGGUCAGAGGACAAUGUCUGAUUAUUCAGGGAAUUCCCGAAUCCACAGCUAGUGCCUCCAAAGAGCGGGUCUCGGCAGACCUGCAACUCUUCCAAUGCCUACUCAACGAACUUCCGCGACCCAAUGAGGAAGUUUCGGUUCUCAAGGCCUUUAGGCUUGGAAAGCGCUCAAUCGACAUAUCAGAACACUCACGUCCCCGACCACUCAAGAUUGUGUUAGCCAACCAAGAACAAGUAGGACUUAUUCUCUCACGACGAUUCCGAAUCAAAGACACCAACCGCGGGGUUUUUUUCAGCCGGACUACACACCGGCAGAGAGAAUAAAACGUCGACAAUUAGUUCUGGAACUGAGAACAAGGUUGCAGAAUGGCGAGACGGAUCUUGUGAUCUACAACAACCAGAUAGUGAAGCGCCCUCCCCUAAUCCGUUGGACCGAACCGAUCCGAAUGAUUGCACAGUAGCUUCCUUAAAUGGGAUCACAAGCGGCACCAUAAUCAAACGCCCCAAAACUCUGAAACUAACCUUUUUUUACACCAACGUGCAGAGUAUAUUGCCCAAGUUAGACGAACUGAAGAUCCACAUCUGUGACCUUUCCCCUGACAUUGUCUCUUUGACAGAAACCUGGCUGUCUGAAAACGUGGAUGACCGCGAAUUAAUGCUACCAGGAUUUCGGUUGUUUCGAAGAGACAGGAGAGAGCGUCAGGGAGGAGGAGUUGUCACGUACGUAAAACACGACCUGCUUGUGUCAGAAAAAACAGAACAGUUUGCAUGCAGCGCCGAGACUAUCUGGCUCACUAUAAGGGUACCAGGAUCACAUAGCCUUGAAGUUCUGACCGUCUAUCGACAACAGAGGAGUGACCCCGAGGCUGACGCUCGUCUGUUAGAGGAGCUAGGACGAUUUGUUCUCCGGCCUGACGUCCUAAUCAUGGGCGACUUCAAUGCAGUGCUCAUUGAUAGGAGUUCACUAUACGCGCGCGGCCCAGAACUAGCUUUCGACCGACGCUUCUUGGACAUGGCACUCAGGUCAUUUCUCACACAGCACGUCCUAUUUCCCACAAGGGCCCGUGAGGGGCAGCAGUCAAACUGCUUGGACCUGGUGCUCACGAAAUCGAUGGACAGCAUAGAUGAGGUACAAUGUCUGCGUCCCUUAGGUCGAAGCGAUCACGUUGUACUUCAAUGGGACUAUUCAAUCUCUUCCGUGCCUGAAGAGCCCACCAAAAUUAGAAGAAAUAUUUGGCGUGGGUACAUCGAUCAAAUGAAGACCGAAAUCAAAAAUACGGACUGGGAAUCAGCGUUUUCCGGAUAUAUAGAGGAGGAUUGGAAAUGGUUCAGUGAAUUAUUGCAUGUUCUCCUGACAAACCACUGUCCGCUUUCACGGAAGGGGCUAAAAAAUCGACCCUGGUGGCUGACCCAGGCGUUAUAAAAGGAAAUAAAUAAAAAACGGAGAUUGUGGCAGAAAUCUCUUACUGAUGGGACUCCUGUAUCCAUAAACGCGUACAAAAUACAGAGGAACUUAGUCAAGCGGCUGACCCUCAGGACACGGCAAAAUUUUGAAAAAGACCUAUUGAAUCGUGCUAUGGAAAAUCCAAAAUUAUUCUACAGCUACAUAAGAAGCAGCACACGAAACAGAGAUGCAAUCCCCCUCCUGAAAACAAGCGGAGACGUAGAGAUUAGUGAGGAUGGAGAAAAAGCUGAGCACUUUUCACAAUUUUUCAAAUCCAUCUUUACUAGUGAAAGUCCAUUAACUCCUCCCGACUACGACUUCGAUGAGGGUCCAAAAAUUGAGUCUGUAUCUUUUGAUGAAGCGACGGUUCGCAAAGAGCUAAUGACGCUAAAUGAGUCAAAAUCACCAGGUCCAGACGACAUACCGCCUAAGUUACUGAAGGAGCUCGCUGCCGAACUAGCCAAACCAUUGUCCAUGCUUUUCCAAGCCUCGUUCGAAGCCGGCUGCUUGCCCGCCGACUGAAAUUCUGCGCGGAUCACACCACUGCAUAAAGGAGGCAGCAAGGCCUCUGCAAACAAUUACAGGCCAAUUAGCCUCACCUCCAUCUGCUGGAGAAAAUAAUCAAGCGAGAGCUGAUGCGCUUCCUAGAGCAGCAUAAUUUAUUAUCUGAUGCGCAGCAUGGGUUUCGUAGUGGCAGGUCUUGCGUGACUAACUUGCUCAACUGUUUGGAACGUUUUUCUCGGUCAGUUGAUGAAGGCAAUGCGCUGCAUGUCGUCUAUAUCAACUUUAAAAAGGCAUUUGAUAGUGUCCCACAUCAGCGACUCCUGCACAAACUGAGCCGAACAGGCGUUAGGGGUAACCUCUUAAAAUGGAUUCAAAGCUUCCUAUUAGACUGUUGUCAAACUGUCCAUGCCGGUGGCCAGAAGUCGACGGAGGUUGCCGUUGAAAGCGGUGUUCCCCAAGGCUCUGUUCUUGGUCCUACUUUGUUCAUCAUUAACGUCAACGAUUGCGUUAGUGGACUGGAUUGUGGUGUCGCCAUGUUUGCGGAUGACAUUAAGCUCUGGAGCGUCAUUCGAACUGCAGAGGACGAAGAGCAUCUGCAGGCGAACCUAAACCGACUCCAACAGUGGUCAAAGGCCUGGCUUCUGCCGAUCAACGAGAAAAAGUGCAAUAUUCUACGAGUCGGCAGAGCUCGCUCUCCGAACCAUAUGACCUACUGCCUAAACGGUAUACCACUGCAAGAAGUGGACUCGCAGAAGGUUUUGGGAGUAUGGAUUACGACCUCGCUCAAACCCUCGCUGCACUGCACGAAGAUAGCCAAGUCUGCGAUGUCAGUCCUCUACCUUGUCAAGCGGGCUUUCUCUGCCUUUGAUGAAGACUGCUUCCCUAAAGUCUUUCGAACUUUUGUGCGUCCGCAACUAGAAUUUGCUAUCCAAGCUUGGAGACCCUGGACCGCGAAGGACCUCAGCAUCCUUGAAAGGGUUCAAAGGCGUGCAACGAAACUUGUGGCAGGACAGGGUUCACUACCAUAUGCAACGCGGUUAGCUAACCUUGAUCUCUUUCCCUUGAGUUACAGGCAGUUACGGGGUGACCUGAUACAAGCCUUCCGUAUCAUACGUGGUCAGGACUGUACCCUCGUACCGGAGGACUUCUUCGAAUUAGCAACCACCACAAAUCUACGAGGCCAUCCAUUCAAACUUUGUGACAGGGGCCAGACUGGACACACGAAAGUUCUUCUUCUCCAACAGAGUGCUAAAAGCCUGGAAUGCCCUGCCUGUGGAUGUCGUUAUGUCUGCUUCCGUCGAGGUCUUUAA